UUUUACUCAAAAUGUUUGCCUUCACUGUAACAGGAUUUUGGCAAAGUCGACGUAACCGUCUUGACCUUUUAAUUACAGGGAUGGGUUUAUUUUGGAUAAGUACUCACUUCUUUGUUGCACUUCCAGCUAGUGCUGUAGGCGGUGAAAGUAGACUAAAACGUUUUACUUAUACUUUUGGAUAUAUUGUUGUCAUUUUACGUUUCUUUACUAUUGCUGGUAGAAACAACACAUUAAAGAUGUUAAUGUUGACCGUUGUAAUGUCAAUGUUUCGUUCAUUCUUUAUCAUUAUGGCAAUGGUAUUGCUUGUCCUCUUUUAUGCUUAUACGGGUGUUAUUCUUUUUGGGAUGGUCAAAUAUGGACAGGCUGUCUCUAAACAUGUAAAUUUUCGUUCUGGAUCAGAAGCCCUUGUUGUAUUAUUUCGAAGUGUUACUGGAGAAGAUUGGAAUGAUAUUAUGCAUGAUACUUCAAGAAGUGCCCCUUUUUGUUAUUGGCUUCCCGGUGCUAAUUAUUGGGAAACUGAUUGUGGAAAUUAUUUUGGUGCUAUAAUUUAUUUCUGUUCUUUCUAUUUAAUUAUUACCUAUAUUGUUCGAAAUUUAUUGGUUGCUAUAAUUAUGGAAAACUUUUCUUUAUUUUAUUCAUCCGAGGAGGAUGCUCUUCUUUCUUAUGCAGAUAUUAGAAAUUUUCAAAUGGUUUGGAAUGCCGUUGAUGUUGAACAGAAAGGGCAAAUACCUGUUAGAAGGGUUAAAUUUUUGUUGAGAUUAUUGAAAGGACGAUUGGAAGUAGAUCCAAAUAAAGAUCGUUUACUCUUUAAACAUAUGUGUUAUGAAAUGGAGAAAUUACAUAAUGGGGAUGAUGUUUCCUUUCAAGAUGUUCUUUAG